UAUAUAUAUUAAAAAACGAGGGUUCUACUCAACUCGAAGGUAAAUACAGAAAAAUUGUUGGGAGUGAGGAAAACUCUGUAGAAGAAGAAGAAGUAGAAGAAGAAAAGCUAUGGCGAGUAACCAAUCCACCGUGGCAAGGGCGACGUUCCAUCUGCCGUUCGAGAUAACGAUCGAAAUACUAUCGAGAUUGCCAGUGAAAUCCCUCUUGCGAUUCAAAUCCGUUUGCAAGACCUGGUAUGAUCUGAUCAAAACCCAUUAUUUUAUUUCCAAACAUCUUCAAACACAGUCCACUCUCAACUCCACCUCUCUUCUCGUAACCACUUACAAUGGUAAAACAAAAAACCAUGCAGUGUCUUUAGUUUCCAACGACGGCCCUAUCAUUCUCGAUUUCCCAUUUCUGAAAAGGAGGAAAUUUACUCUUCGCAGUCGGGAGUAUAGUGGGAAAAGUUAUUUUUCUAUUGUGGGUAUCUGUAAUGGUUUGGUUUGCAUGAAUUUAACUCCCUUUGGAUAUCCCUUGGUCCUUUGCAAUCCCUCCACCAGACAGUUUCGGGAACUUCCGUCUUCCGAAUGGCAACAUUACAAUGGUCAUGUACGUGUUAAGAGGGUUAGUUUUGGGUUUGGCUUCCAUGCCAGUGCUAAUGAUUACAAGUUGAUUAGGAUUGUGCUUUAUUCUAGUCGAAUGGAGGAAGCCUCUAUCCAAGCUGAUCUUUAUGUGAUGAGGACCGGUACUUGGAGAAAAAUCGAUGCGGAUAAGGCCUCGGUGUUCCUCGGGGAGAAGAAUAAAUUGGGGUGGUUUGGUAGCUACGUGCAAAUUAGUGGAUCUUGUGCUUCAGCAGUCUUGAAUGGAGUUUUCUAUUGGCCUGCGUGUGUAGUGUCAACUAAUGAAGGGACUGUUAUGUCCUUCGACAUGGCCGAUGAGGUGUUUAGAAGAAUAAGAAUGCCAGUGUGUUUGGAUAAGACAUGGGUUGAAACUAACUGGUGGAUUACAGAAUUGAAAGAUAAACUUGCUCUGUUUAUUCAUCCUGAUGAUAGGUGCUUUGAUGUGUGGGUAUUGAAUGAAGACCAGAGUUCUUGGACUAACCAGUUUAAAAUUGAAUGUUUUCCGAUGAUUGAACGUUAUAUGGGAUUUAAUGAAAUCACAGUAGUGGGAGGUGCGAAAGAUGGUGAAUUGGUGGUGACAGACCAUGAAGUAUCUGGUGGUUUGAAGCUCUUUUCGUAUGAUCUGAAGACCCGAGAAACUAUGGAUCUUUAUUUUGGUCAUGUUCCAUAUCCUUCUGAUAUUUACUUGUAUACGGGGACCCUGCUUCCACUUCCAGUCAUGGAAACCAACGAAAUCGUGCUCAACAAGAAGAACAAGAAAAGGAAGCAUUGGUGGAACUGACUCAGAGAUUCUACCAGUCAUGAAAGUGAAGUCAAGCACAACAAUGAACUCCUGCUUAACAAGAAGAGACAAGCAGUGAAUUCAUGUAAAAGACUCCUGCCGUCCUGCGUCACUUGCGGCUGUGAAUCUUGCUCAUGCUUAUUUAAGGAGCAUAGUUUUCUAUUGAAGCUGCAUUAGUUUGACUAUGCCUCUAAGUAUUCCUUUAUGAAAUUCAUCUUCCGUACAGUUUACUUACAACAAUGGUGUGUCCCAUUACAAACCUAAAAGUAGUUUCUUUGUGGUGUUCAAUAAGAAUGUAAUUCGUCUCA